GGCCGCCGCCGCCCGGUGGCUACGGGAGUCCCGGGCGGUGCGGGGCGAGAGCAGGCCCGGGGUGGUGCCGGACCCCCCAGACAGGAGUCUAGGCCGCCAGGAUGCCGGGGCCCAGGCCGCGGAAGGGCCCUCAGGCCCGUGGUCAGGGUGUGGCGGCGGCCAAGCAGCUGGGGCUCUUUGUGGAGUUCAGCCCUGAGGACAUGCUGCUGGGGGUGGAGGAGACUGAAGAUGAUGAGGACUUGGAGGCUGAGCUGCUGGCCCUCACUGGGGAAGCAGGGACCACAGGCAGGAAGCCAGUCCCCAAAGGGAAGGCCCCCUUACCUAUGGCCCACAUUGAGAAGUUGGCAGCGGACUGUAUGCAGGAUGUGGAGGAGGAGGAGGAGGAGGAGGAAGAAGAAGGGCUGGAGGACGAUAUAGACUUGCUGACUGAACUGCAAGAGGUCCUGGGUGCAGAUGGGGAAGCUGGGUCCCUGCAUGGCAAUGAGACAGCCAACAUGGGUAGCUCUGAGGAUGAGAAGGGACAGGAAAACAUUGAGCCUCCAGUGCAGACACCUCUCGCAACAGCCUCAGCCCCAGCAGCUCAGGCCGGAGGGCCUCAGGGGCUGCAGGCUCUGCUGGAAGAUCGGAUCCGCAAUUACCGGGAGGCUGCGGCCAGCGCCAAGGAGGCAGGUGAAGCAGCCAAAACCAGGCGCUGUGAGCGCGGCCUAAAGACCCUAGAGGCCCAGCUGGCUGCUGUGAGGAAAGGCAGGAAGAUCAAUGAGGAGGAGAUCCCACCUCCAGUGGCCUUGGGCAAGAAAUCCCCGGCCGCUCAGGAAACAACCAACAGGAGCCCUGAUGCAGACCUUCCCAGCCCCCCCACCAUGUUGCAAGACAGCCCUUCUCAGCCUGAGACAAGCGUGGGCAGCCCUGGCAUAUCUGCCCCGCCCGGUUCAGACCCAGACCCACGGGCCCUGUUGUUGGCCCGACAAAGAGAGUACAAAGUGGCUGCCCUGAGUGCCAAGCGGGCUGGAGACCUAGACCGCGCCCGAGAGUUCAUGAGGAUUGGGAAGAGAUUUGGUGCCGUCCUGGAGGCCCUGGAGAAGGGGCAGCCUGUGGACCUGAGUGCCAUGCCCCCAGCGCCUGAGGACCUGAAGCCCCUCCCACAGGCUUCCAAGGCACCCACAGUCAUACCCCCAGCAGUGGAGCGAGUGCAGCCAGUGAUGGCCUCUGACACCCCAGCAACCCCAGUGGCCCCUGCUGAGCCACAGACGGUGCUGGACGCCCUGCAGCAGAGGCUGAACAAGUACUGUGAGGCAGGCACCCAGGCCCGGGCCAGUGGGGAUGAGCGCAAGGCCCGGAUGCACGAGCGCAUUGCCAAGCAAUAUCAAGAUGCCCUGCGAGCACACCGAGCAGGACGCAAAGUUGAUUUUGCUGAGUUGCCUGUUCCUCCUGGAUUCCCCCCCAUCCCUGGUCUGGAGCCCAUCACAGGCACUGAGGCGGAUGCAGUAGCGGCUGCUUUAGCAGCUGCCCAGAAACUGGCCUCCUCCGAGGAAACAGCCCCCGCAGAGGAAGACGGGGAUGAGGAUGAGGGUGAGCCUCCGACCCAGGCCCCAGUAUCUAAGAAGCCUCUGGUGUCUUCCUCCCGGCCCCUGCCUGAGCCCAAGGCCUCAAGUUCUAAGGAGUCACUGAGUGCCUCUGUGCAGGAGCAAUUGGCACUGCUAGAGGCCCGCAAACUGCAGUACCAGCGGGCAGCCCUGCAGGCCAAGCGUGGCCAGGACCUGGAACAGGCCAAAGCUCACCUGCGUCUGGCCAAAUGCCUCGAGGCUCAGAUCAUCCAGGUCCGAGCCGGCAGACCUGUGGACCUCGCCAAGGUGCCUUCACCCUUGACGGAUGAGGAGGGUGACUUUAUCCUCAUUCACCAUGAGGACCUGCGCCUCUCCCAGAAGGCCGAGGAAGUGUACGCUCAGCUACAAAAAAUGCUUCUGGAGCAGCAUGAGAAGUGUCUGCUGUUCUCCAAGCAGUUCAUGCACCAGGGCAAUGUGGCCGAGACGACCCGGUUUGAGAAGCUUGCUCAGGACCGCAAGAAACAGCUUGAGAUCCUACAGCUGGCCCAGGCUCGGGGCCUCGACCCUCCCAGCCACCACUUUGAGUUGAAGACAUUCCAGACUGUGAGGAUCUUCUCAGAACUCAACAGCACAGAAAUGCAUCUGAUCAUUGUCCGGGGAAUGAACCUCCCAGCUCCUCCAGGGGUGACCCCUGAUGACUUGGAUGCUUUUGUGCGGUUUGAGUUCCACUACCCUAACUCGGACCAGGCUCAAAAAAGCAAAACAGCGGUGGUGAAGAACACAAACUCUCCAGAAUUUGAUCAGCUCUUCAAAUUAAACAUCAACCGAAACCACCGGGGCUUCAGAAGGGUGAUCCAAAGCAAAGGAAUCAAGUUUGAAAUCCUCCACAAAGGAUCCUUCUUCAGAAGUGACAAGCUGGUCGGCACAGCCCACCUGAAACUGGAGCGGCUGGAGCACGAGUGUGAGAUCAGAGAGAUUUUGGAGGUCCUGGAUGGAAGGAAGCCCACUGGGGGCAAGCUGGAGGUGAAGGUGAGGCUGCGGGAGCCUCUGAGUGGCCAGGACAUACAGAUGGUCACCGAGAACUGGCUGGUCUUGGAGCCUAGGGGCCUGUGAGGUGGGCAGCUCUCUGGACGCUCAGAACCUCCACCCCUGCUCUCUGCCCAGGCCCACAGGGCACUUCCAGUACACAGCUCCUAUGGGGGAGAAAGCCUCAGAAGUUCUCAUCUGUGAGGAUGAUCAAAAGGCAAAACUAUUGGGUAGGGCUUGGCCUGAGUUUCUUAGGAUCCUCAGUAGACCCUAGGAGGGAAGUUAAACCCAGGUCUGUUUUCAGGAAAACCUUUCCAAACUCUGUGUGUGUUCAUUGCAGUUUAGACUUACUGCCUGUGCUUUGUGCCUGUGCUUCAGACAGUCAACGCUGGGAGAGGAGUCGGGCCAGGCUGUGUGCAGAAGCAUACUUUCCCCAGCUGUGCUGGCUACAGAAGCCUUUGUGCAUGAGGGAGCUACCUGCUGCUACACAAACACCAAAGACCUGUACGUACAUGCAUUACUGACCACGGCCUGGUCUCUCCUGUUGCUGGCUCCUUCCUAGGAAGGCCUCCACACCGAGGCUGGAUUCCAGGAGGCUGCUUCCCCUUCCCUCUGGGCAAAAGCAAGGAAAGCCUCAUUGCUCUGUGCCAUGGGGUCUUGCAGCCCCUGAACCCCUGUGUAGCAACUGUGUGCAGCUUACCCCAGCCUCUAGUUGCAACAUUUCUGAAUGUGCCUUUAAAAGCUCUAUCUGUAAAGGAUGGGAGAACCCGAGAUUGGAAAUGCCCCGGCUUGGGGUCGGGCAGGUUCCGUGACUCGGUGUCAGUGGUGGCCUGUGCCACAGCUCGGUUUACGCCCGUCUGCCUGUGCCUUGUUUCCUGACAGCUGCUGCACUAGUCCCCACGCUCUCGGUGGAGGAAGGAAGUGAUGUUUUGGACUAUAUGGUGGGAAGUAGGCAAGGCUGUAUCUUGGGUUCAGUCUGUGCACCUAACACAAAAAGACUGCUAACUGGGGGGAGGGGGGACGGUGGAAAUGACACAAAAAUGUAUGUAACUUUUUAAGAAACUAUGUCUAAUUCACUUACAGGGGUUUUAUGCCCUACACGCAGAGUAACCAUCAAAAUCCUAAACAAAGGUCCUAUCACUUUUUAAAAGCCCGAGUAGCAGUAACAUUUAAUUGAAGAAACGGCUGCUGUGGCUUUCUCCUUUGAGAGAGGGCAGAGGAAGCCUUGCCUCUUUGGCUGAUCACCGAGGGAAAUCCCUUAUUUCUCCCCAAGAAAUUCUCCUUUGGCUUUUUCUGAAUGGAUGGAGACGGAGGGAUUUGUAGUUGCAAUAGGUUUAAUAUUCAAAACUGCAGUAUUCUACAUUUCUUAGAAAUAAACUUUAAUAUCCCAUUCCCUCUCCCCACACCCAUUUUUUAGCAUUAGCUUAAGUUGUACAAAGCAUUCCUUGAGGUCAUCUUUUAAAGGCUCUAAGUGAAGCAGAUACAUUCAGCUUAUUGGUCACCACAGCACUG